AUGGGGAGUUCGAAGUUCCGUAAAGAUGUCUCCGUGGGUGAAUACGACCUAGUAACAGGACUCACGUAUAUUACGCAUCAACGUGGACGAUUAUUGUUCAAUAUGGGGGCAAGUGCAAAGAAACAACAGCGUCAAGAGUCGGAUCUCAAACGGAUACCUCCCACCCCAACACUCUCAACCGGCACGUUUACAGGUCUAUCGCUUUAUCCAGAAGAGGCUCACUAUUUGAUGCAACGAGACGCAUUGGUGAUCUAUUUCAUGUCAGUUGGAAACAAAGAUGCUAGAGAAAUAAGUAUUGCAGAUUUUACAGCAAUAUUAGCAAGGGAUACUCGUGUAUCGCUUCCUUGUUUAGAGGUAUACACGUUUUUGAAAGACCAGCAAUUGCAUCCUCGACGUUGUCUUGAACCUUUGACAGAAUCAACUGGUAGUGAAGAUGGUCGAAGUGCUCCUCGAUAUAUCAAGGAGACAGAAUUCUGCGACGUUGCCUUUGAUGUCUGGAGGACAGUGACAGUCGAUGAUCUGCUGUCUGCAGAUGAUAGAGAGCAAGCAACACAAGUAUCAGGGACCGUUACAAUGAAGGGGAAGAAAUUAAAGCAGAAGAAGAAGAAGAAAAAGUUAAUGCUUGUCUUUCGUGUUGCUGUGGCUCGUUAUUCAGACGCUGCCUUAAGCCCACAAAGCUUUCGACAGGUACUUUCACGCAGCAAAGCUCGAGAUUGUAGGUCUAGUAGUUGCAGGACAUCAGUGAGUAGCAACCAUCUUCCUGUGAAAGUAGCUGUCGUCCAUCAUGAUCAGAGCGUAUUGAUGUUUGAAAUCAGCGAGUGA